AGUUUCUUAUCAGUAGCUAGAUGACCGUCGUCGGAUCUGCAUACUUUUGUACAGGAAAUGUCCCGCAAAAUUGACUACCGUUUGGCUAGAUUGGUUUCUUACCGUGGCAAAACACUCUAAUCUCAGGUGAUAUUUUGAUUUUUCCGCGAGUGCUCUUAUGGGUGACAGUUACGUAUGAAAAAUUUGGGGAUGCUGUUAAGCCCGCCUUGGUGAAAAGGAAAAUUCCUCGAAGUGAAAUAGUGGAGCACAACUUUCCGCGGGAAAUGUUCGUUAAUUCAGAAAAACGUUUCGAAAAGAGUGGCCGCCAGUGAUGGGGUUACACGUCGAUUUUCGGCUAGCUUCCCACGUGCAAUUACGACCUUUUAGCUGGAGAUGUCGCGUGCCCCGUGUCGAAUGGGGCAAGCUUGGUAAUUGGAUUAACUAGUAGAAGAGCCGACCUUCGGAUUUGGUGGACGCUCGCGCGCGCUUUUUUUCCCAGUUUCCGCGAACCAAAUCACAGCGAAGAGAAGGUAGUUUUAUAAAGUGUCGGUACCUACAUAACAACUAUAAACUGUAUAGGUUCUAAAAAGUCGGAGCUUGUUGUUGAUGUUUAUGGUGAAUUCUAACCUACCCAAGCAAACAACCACGGCCAAGCUGUGCGUGUGUAUGCAGUAAAAGCAACAAAAAAAAACACUGCUUCAAUUCAAUCUACCGGCAAACAACCCCGGCUAAGCUGUGCGUGUGUAUGUAGCAAAAGCAACAACAAAAACAUUCCUUCGAUUCACCAGCAAACAACCAACGGCCAAGCUGCCCGGCUUUAGCAGCUGUGUAUAUGUAGCGUGUGUAUGUAAUAGCAGGCAGUUCCAGAAAUCGAAUGAAGGUUCCUCACUUGAGAAAUAGCAAAAACGGUCACCGGCAUUUCCAACCCUAGAGGAAAGACCAACAUCGCGAAGGGCGCGGAAAAUCAACAGAAAACGAUAAGAAAAAGGCCAAAGAAAACAAAAGACCCGGAGAAGAAUCGCGACUUCGCGAAAGACACGCACCAUCUCCUCAUCUGGUUAGGGUGUGCCAUUUGUGGAGGUUAAGGUAGCUUUUUUCCGUUUUUCUUCGGUAGCUCCAAACAGUGUAUUUGCUCACUUUUCUGCUGCGUUCCUAUCUCAAUAUUUUACUACCAGACCGAGUCGGUUUUUGCUGCGUGCUGCCGGAAUUCAUUCAGUUGUGUUUGAAACGGAAACGCGAUUGGUCAGCUAUAAGCUCGGUCGGAGUGUUUUGUGUCUGGGGUGCCAGGUGAUUAUAAGUUGGGUUCGAUGGGAACGAGAUUAAUUCUUAGGCGCUGAACAGGUGUUACAAUGUGAAAAAGGAUUAUAGUGAUCGAAUGGAAAGGGGGGAUGAUUGGGGAGAGGAAAAAUCCAAGUUAAAAAGUGUAUUGGCUUCGGCCAACUAGAAAAAAGAAGUUACCGGUAAAAUUCAAGCUAAGCAAAAAAUGUGGGAUUCCAACGAAACGUCCACGUUGUUUUUCCGGAGUUCGGUCCGUGCGGAAUCCGGUUCCGGACUUCCGUUUCCGGACGAGCUGGAUCCAAUGUCUUCGGUGAAUGCCUCGCUGGCACUACAGUGUGAGGCACAGCUGCGGGCCGAGCAGUUCCUGGAAGAUUUGGCGUGCCCAACGUUUUUCGACAGUGUUUCCUGUUGGCCGAGGACGCCGCCGGAUACCAGGGCCGUUUUGCAGUGCUUUGCCGAGUUCGGUGGGGUGCAGUAUGAUGUUACACAAAACGCCACCCGCUACUGCAACCCAGACGGAACCUGGGAGAACUACACCAACUACAACGACUGCCUGCACCUGAGUGCACCGUCCCACAUUCCGGAAUUCGAGAUGCUAAUCGAGCUGCCAACGAUUGUGUACUACAUCGGAUACAGCAUCAGUCUGGUCACCCUACUUCUGGCCGUCACAGUGCUGAUCAACUUUAAGGAUCUGCGCUGUCUGAGGAACACAAUCCAUGUCAAUCUGUUCCUGACCUACAUCAUGUCAUCCAGCUUGUGGAUUACGAUUCUCUCUCUACAGAUAAACGCAAAACAGGACUUAGUCGACUGCAUAUUUUUAGUAACCCUGUUCCAGUACUUUAGCGUAACGAAUUUCUUCUGGAUGCUGGUGGAAGGUCUCUAUCUGUACAUGCUGGUGGUGCAAACGUUUUCCGGCGAUAAUUUGCGCUUCAGGAAGUACGCCAUCAUCGGUUGGGGAGGACCUCUGGUAUUUGUUGGGGCUUGGGCCAUCGCUAAGUCAUUCUAUUCGAUGGAACCAUCGCUGGAGCAUCCAAAUAAGCUCGAAAUCGAAUGCUCUUGGAUGCGUGAAUCUCACAUCGAUUGGAUCAUCCAGGGCCCGUCCUGUGCCGUUCUGAUCAUCAAUCUCAUCUUCCUGCUUCGGAUCAUGUGGGUCCUCAUCACAAAGCUCCGGUCGGCAAAUACGGUCGAAACGCGCCAGUACCGGAAGGCAUCCAAGGCACUGCUGGUACUUAUCCCGCUGCUGGGCAUCACCUAUCUCAUCGUUAUCUAUGGACCCUCGGAGGAGGGCAUCUGGAGCCAAGUCUUUGCCGUCAGUCGAGCCACCCUGCUGAGCACCCAGGGAUUUGUGGUCUCGCUGUUGUACUGUUUCUUAAAUUCCGAGGUACGACAAACGUUGCGGCAUCAUUUCUAUCGUUGGCGGGAUGAACGAAAUAUUCUGCGGCCAGGCAAAAAGUCAAACAACCAUCGCCGCAGACCGACCAAAGAUUACUCGCCGAGAUCCCGGACGGAAAGCAUACGCACUGUGGAGUACAGCAUCGUUAUCAUCAAAAGUGGAAAUCCCAAGAAUUGAUUUAAUCAAUUUCGCCAAAAGGUUUCCCGGGAUCGAUUCGAAACAGUAAAGCAGCUUCAAAUCGAAUCAAAACGAUGAAUCGCCUCAUCGAUAAGCCCUUCCUCAAAGAAACGAAUUUAAUGCCCGGCUAACCGUAUCACGAGUUCCAUAACACCUUGAAAAUCUACAUAUUUGAGGAGCAAAUAAAUUUGCGUGAUCAAUUUCAAACACUUCGACAGACUCGAGGAACUGCCAGGAACGAUUCCCGGAAACCCAAAAAUCAGAAAUAAAUCGCUAUCACCCUUUCUUCGAGAAAGUCGUGCGUUUCCGCAGCUUUUCCACAUCAAGGACCCAUUCCCACCUGCUUUUUUUUCUAGGGGAAUGUUUGCCAACAGUUGACAGCGAGAGCUAAAAUGAAAGGGCAAAUAUUGAAAUCGCAACCCGGCGGCAUUCAUGUGUGAGAAUACUGAUGGACCCGCCAACAAAUAAAUGUUUCAAAUUAAAGUCAACAUCUUGACUUGGAAGAGUGAGAAAAAAAAAACUGAAAAAGGGGAAAAAGUUUUUCAAUUUCUCAAAGAAAAGUACAAACGGUGAGCGCUUUCGGGAAAAACCAGUUGCCAGCAGCUGUGUUGGGGGAAAAACCGUGUCAAUAUUUGGCAAAUGUUUGCUUGUUAUGUUAGACAAGUUCUUUUACAUCAUCCAUCGGUGUUUGAAUAUAUUUCGGUGUUCUCGUACGAUUUUGAAGCAAGGAACAGCUAACUUGAAAGUUUGCAACGUGUUGGGAAAAAUUCAAAUUAAAAGAAAAACAAACAUGUACCAAAGAAUGGAAAUCAAAGGUUUUGUUCUAAGAAGUCAGGCAAGUUUUAUAGGAAAAUAAAUCAUUUUGUACAAACAACGAUUUUUCUCAUUAGUGUAGGAUGAUUCCAAAUGUAGCCAAUACCUACUUAAGACUAAAUGAAUGUGUCAAAAAAGCAUAAAUUUUGUGUAGUUAAUGUUUUAU